AUGCCAUUAGAAAGUACGAUCAUUUGUGUUGAUAAUAGUGACUUUAUGCGUGAUGGUGAUUUUAUUCCAACACGAAUGCAAGUACAACAGGAUGCUGUUUCACUAAUAUUCCAUGCUAAGACAAGAUCUAAUCCUGAAAAUAACGUUGGAUUAUUAACAUUGUCUGACGGUCGAGUUGUAACUCAAUUGACAAAUGAUGUCGGCAAAGUUUUUUCAAAAUUACAUUUAUUAUCAAUAGAAGGAAAACUUGAUUUUUGUAAAGGAAUUAAAGUAGCUAAUUUAGCAUUAAAACAUCGCCAAGGAAAAAAUCAUCGGCCCCGUAUUGUUGCUUUUGUUGGUAGUCCACUUGAAGUAGACACAAGUGAAUUUACGAAAUUAGCCAAACGAUUGAAAAAAGAAAAAGUAUCAAUUGACGUUGUCAUAUUUGGUGAUGAAUCAUCCAAAGAAAAAUUUGAAGAAUUCAUUACAAUAAUUAAUGGAAAAGAAAAUUCAAACUCGCAUUUGAUAUGUGUUCCAUCAGGAGCUAACCUACCAGAUACACUUAUUAAUACACCGAUUAUUCAAAGUGAAGAUGGUUCUGGUCUACCAAAUGGAUAUUCAGCUAGUGCUUUUGCCUUUGGAAUAAAUCCUGAAGAUGAUCCUGAAUUAGCUAUGGCACUUCGUAUUUCAAUGGAAGAACAGCGAAGAGUACAAGAAGCUGAAAUAGGUCGAAGCACAGACGGUGAAGGAGGUCAACAAACUUUGCCAACAAACACAAGAAGUUCUGGUCCUUCUCUUGAAAAUUUAACAGCUGGAAACGAAAUGGAUGUAACACGGCUUACAGAAGAUGAGCAAAUUGCUUUAGCUAUUCAAAUGUCUAUGUCACAAGCUGAAAAUAUGAAUACAAACGAUGUUGAAAUGAAAGAAGAAGCUCUGGCUUCAGGCAAUAGUGAACAACCAGAAAAGAAAAAUGAAGAGCAACAAAAUAUUGAUUUAUUCGCAGCUUCCCUUAAUGAUCCUCAAUUUCUACGAGAUGUUCUCCGAGAUUUACCUGGCGUUGAUGUUGAUAGUGAUGCUGUACGAGCAGCACUUGAACAAGUUCAACAACAACAAAAGAAAAAUUCCGAUGAUGAUAAUGAUCCAGUUAAAAAGAAGAAAGAUGAUAAAUAA